GUCAAGUUUCUGACGCAAACUUUUUGAUUGGCGGUCUUUUGCUUCCUAUUCACUCUCUUCAAUUUUAUAGAAAAUGGCUUCCGAAGAGUUGGUGACUGAGCAAUUUCAAUUUUUAGGUUUAGAAGUAUCUAGGGAAGUAUUAGCUAGAAGUGUCAGUUUGUGUGAAGAGUAUGAUAUUGAUGCCGAAACCUUUACUGAACAAUGGAUGGCGUUCAGUUUGACACAUUUGAAUGGUGCUGCACCGACAGUUGAAAACUUGGAUUUGCUUGCGAGAAAGGAAUUUUCCAAGCGGGCGGCGAGUCGCCUCAACGCGCCCGCCAAAGAUGCGGCUAGAUCAAGUACCGGCUCAAGUUUGAAGGUUUAUGGCGCGCCUGUUUCUGCUCAAUCAGAUAAUAAUGUCCUGUCAAAUUACAUUGCUGCUCCCAAGAGACUUAAAGUAGAAAAUGACGCGACCCCAGCACAGACCGAGCUCUGUCCUGCCACAUAUUCACCCACAGUUAAUCAUUCCGUCAAAUAUGCCUCGAGAACAAAUCAAGGUACAGUUGUACAUUCAUAUGGGGACGAGAAGUUACUGGAAUUUAUUUCUAAGCCAAAUGGCCCAAAUGACAUAAUAAACACUAACAUCACACAAUUGCCUAAUGAUGAAGGAGACCUUUAUACAAAAUCAAUGUUUGGUUUUGAAUUGCUCCAAGAGAAAGCAAGUACGUUCGACAGUCACAUUCGCUACAUAUCGCAGUGUAUCAUGAAGAAGGCGGGGAUCAAAGAAACUUCCUCCGUUAGACAUAAAACACAGACAGAGGUAGCCGUAGCGGGGCGGGUAGAGUGCGACGCGGACGCCAGGCUCAACCCUAAGUGCGUUGUGCUGCAGGGGACGUGGGAGGACUCCCUCAGCCAGGUGGUGCCUGUCGACCUUGACAACCUGAAACAGUAUUCGUUAUUCCCCGGGCAAGUUGUGGUGGUGCGCGGCGUAAACCCGCGCGGCGACCGCCUGGUGGCGCACGAGGUGCUUAGCGACGCUGCCCGACCUACGCCCGACCAUACAGCAGAUAUGAUGAACACGCUCAAAGGCACUAUAUCAAUGGUGGUUGCCACGGGUCCAUACACCACAUCUGACAGUCUUGCCUACGAGCCAUUGAAAGACUUGGUCACCUACAUCGCGACAUACAAACCUCAUGUGGUCAUAUUGACGGGUCCAUUCUUAGAUAGCGACCACGCCAAGGUCAAAGACAACUCUAUGGCGGAGACUUACAAGGCUUUCUUUGAGAAAUUAAUGGAUAGUUUAGGAGAACUGAGUGUUAGCAGCCCAUUCACAAAGAUCUACAUAGUAUCCAGUAUAAAAGACGUGUUCCACGUGAACAUCUACCCGACUCCGGCGUACACGAGCCGCAAGAAGCACGCCAACAUCCACUUCCUGCCUGACCCGAGCACGAUCAAUAUCAAUGGCGUAGUUGUCAGCGUGACUAGUACCGAUGUCCUCAUGCAUAUCAGCCAGGAGGAAAUCUCCCUCGGCACGGGCGGCGACAAGCUGUCCCGGCUGGCGGCGCAGCUGCUGCGGCAGCAGAGCAUGUACCCGCUUUGGCCGCCGCCGGCCGCGCUGCCGCUCGACGCGCAGCUGUGGGCGCAGCACGCGCAGCUGCCAUGCUCGCCGCAUCUACUGCUCUUGCCUUCCAACUUCAGAUACUUUGUUAAGGAAGUGGACGGGUGCGUAGUAGUGAAUCCCGAGCACCUGACCAAAGGCACGGGCGGCGGCACGUUCGCGCGACUGCUCAUAGCCAACGACGACCAAAACAACAAGACAAUUGCCGCGCAAAUUGUACGCAUUUAACUUUUACACUAAACGUAUUUUUCAUGACAAA